AUGAUCUACACAACGGACAAGAUGUCACCUGUGGCACAUAGCUGCAGGUCAGAAAAUGUCAGGCAGGAAGACUUCUGGUGAUUCACUUAGAGAAAUGUCUUUCACAACUUAAACAAGUUAUUCAAAGUGGUAUUCAUAGUUCAACCAGGGAAUUAACCUUUAGGCUUCAUUAAGGACUUCACAGACAGUCAACAGUAUUCAGAAUGUGACUAGGCAUAAGAAUAUUAUUGACUAUAGCUGUGAAUCUGUACACUGAGCAGUAACACAGUGUAAGCCAGCUAAGGCAUGCAUCUUAUCUGAGAACACACAGAGCCCAGGGUUCCUGUGGUAUGUAUGCCAGCAGUUAUGCAAUCCUACAUCAGAGAAGAUACCUGUCCUUGCAGAAUGUGCUGACGGAGAUAGUGCAUUGAACACACAUUAAACUGGGACAUGAUAAGAGUACUAUAUAAAUCCACAUGGAACUUUAAAUCCUCAACAUGAGCUCAUUAAAUAACUUUAAAUACAUGUACAAUUAGAGAAACCUGCAGUAAGUAGUUAUGCUAAAAUCUGGCAACAUGUAAAACGUUCUUAUUGUGGCAGUAUGACGGAAGUAUUCCUCAUAUGUAUUGAAAAUAGCACAUGUAACAUAACAUUUGUGUUUUGAUUGGAAUUUUUCCGGAAUUUUUUAUGUAAAAAACUGCACCACCAUGGAGGUAAAAUGUGGAAAUGAAAUAUUCGUUCAAGAAUCAACAUUUGUUGACAUAUCUUAAAUUUCACAUGGGGAAUUGCGUGAGCUCAAACUCUUCAAAUCAGGACUCUGCUAUCUUCCUCCAGUUGUCAAGCAAAGGAGAGGCAGCACUUGUUUUAGAUAAUACAAGAGGUUUUGUUUCAAAGCCACUUUUUCCAAAGAGGAGAUCUGGACCAGAGUCGCAUGUACUGAAGGACGGCUGCUACACUCAUAAUGACGGUGGCAGUAAUGAAAAUGAUGAGAUUGAUGGUGAUGAUGGAGAAAGAGUCUCUCCAAACACACCAUCAGAACAUUUGUUCAGUGACAUCCACAGUGCCUCUAUAAGUUUUGUAAGGGGAAUUCACCACCUCAGUAUCCGAUCUUCAAGAAAAUGGAGCAAUAACUGGUUGUCCCAACCUUUGCAUGAAGCAGCUUACUAUGGCCAUCAGCAUGUGGUGGAUCUCUUCAUUGAUGCUGGUAUAAAUCUCAAUGGAUAUGAUAAAGGACAUAACACUGCCUUGUCCUUAGCAGCUAAACGUGGGCACAUUCACAUAGUACAGAGACUUGUACAGGCAGGAUGUGACGUGAAUGCAGUCAAUAAUGGAGGAAAUACAGUGUUACACCUCAUGGCUUCCACUGGCGAUGACGACAUCACUGAACUGCUGCUCAAAGCAGGAGCUGAUGCUAACAUCUUCAACUCACAAAAUCACACGCCAAUCUAUCUGGCUCUGACUCACAGAAAUCUAGCAGUGUUGAACAAGCUUAUAGCAGGUGGAGCUAAUGUGCACCAUCAGGCUCUCUCUGGGCAGACAUACCUCCAUCUUGCUGCUCUAGAUGGAUUUCCACAGGCAGUUCUCCAACUGCUGAAGAAUGGAGCAGAAUUUAAUGUUCAGGACUGUAAUGGCAACACGCCCCUCAUACUGGCCACCAAAGCUAGGUGUCUGAAAUCUAUGCAGUACCUCCUGCAGUUUGGCUGUAACCCUAAUCUGCAGAAUGGUCUUGGUAAGAACGCUUUUCAUUACGCCACUUUAGCUGCCCCCCAUGCAGAUGAAAGAGCACUAAUAAUGCUGCUCUUGGCCGGGGCACAGAUUGACAAACAUGACAGAGAGAUGCUAUCCACUGCCAUCUUGGGUUCACAGACAGCCUCUUUGCUGGAUGACCUGUUGCUUAGUGUGCCUUCUCUACAGCAGAUAUGUAGACUGGCAAUAAGAACUAAGUUAAAGAUUCCUAUAUUGCCAAAGGUAGCUAUGUUACCUCUGCCUAAAGUUCUAAAAUACUAUGUGAUUUUGAAUGAUCUUGGUGGCCUUACCAGAUAACAGCAAAAUACGCAUUCUUAACUACAUGCUGAAGUACUUAUCAUUAAUACCUUCUGAUGGGCUGUGCUUUUAAUAUUUUGUUUAUUAAAGUAUGUUAUUGAUGAUCUAUUUGAAUAGGCUUCAAAAUCAAAAUGAAUUGCAUUACAGUAACAGUUUUUACUGUUAUAAAAGAGUUAUAACUUCAGAAUCAAAAGAAAUUACUUAGCAACAACAUCAAUAUUUCUUUUUUGUACUUUAAAUCUUAAGUAUAAAACAAUUAACAAUUGUAUUUAACACUGCUUCUUUUACGGUGUAUGGUUUUUGGACACAAUGAUUUCAUACAAAAUCAUUUUAAUCAUCAUAAGCUUUCUCUUGAAAAAAA